AUGGAUCGGUACCUGCUUCUUGUGAUCUGGGGGGAAGCCAAAGUCCCGUCGGCAGCGGGUGGGCAAGUGGAUCCCGGGCCUGGGAAGUCGUCCGCGGAGGAUGCCGAGAAGCAGCCGAAUUUAACAGCAGCAAAUGUUUAUCAUCUCCUGAAAAGAAGCAUUAGUGUUUCAAUGAAUCCAGAAGACAGUACUUUUCCUGCGUGUUCAGUAGGCGGCAUUCCUGGUUCCAAGAAGUGGUUCUUUGCAGUCCAGGCAAUUUAUGGGUUUUAUCAGUUUUGCAGUUCUCACUGGGAAGAGAUACAUUUUGGUACGGAAAAAGAUGAAAUUGAAGAUGUUCUUCAAACAAAUAUCGAAGAAUGUUUGAGUGCUGAGUGUUUUGAGGAAGAAGAUAGUAAUAGCAGAGAAUCAUUAUCUUUGGCUGACCUAUAUGAAGAAUCAGCAGAAAACUUGCAUCAGUUGUCUGACAAACUUCCUGCUCCUGGUAGGGCAAUGAUAGAUGUAAUACUGUUGCCUUCUGACAAAGAUCCUCCCAAGUUGAAAGACUGUUUACCCACUAUAGGAGCAUUGAAGCAUUUGAAGGAAUGGUAUUCAGCAAAAAUUACUAUAGCAGGAAAUAAUUGUGUAACAAGCUGUCAGAAAAUUGCAGAAUACCUUUCUGCUAAUGUCAUAUCUUUGGAAGAUCUCAAAAAUGUUAUUGACUCAAAGGAAUUAUGGAGGGGAAAGAUUCAGAUAUGGGAAAGAAAGUUUGGAUCUGAAAUUAGUUUUCCUGAAUUUUGUUUAAAGGGAGUCACACCUAAGAAUUUUAGUGCAUCUACUUUAAAUCCUUGCAGUCUUGCCAAAAAGACAAUACCAUCAAAGGAUAAGAAUAUUUUACCAAAGGUUUUCCAUUAUUAUGGCCCUGCUUUAGAAUUUGUGCAGAUAAUACAAUUAUCAGAUAUGCCCUCCUGCUAUAUGUCGGACAUUGAAUUUGAGUUAGGGUUGACGAAAAACAAUACGAAACAAAACUCCCUGCUGCUGUUGGAGCAGAUUUCUUCUUUGCAUGGCAAGGUUGGUGCUCUUUUUGUAUUGCCGUGUGUUAUUAGUAACGUACUGAUUCCACCUCCCAGCCAACUCAGUUCAAGAAAAUGGAGAGAAUACAUAGCUAAAAAGCCCAAGACAAUCAGUGUUCCAGAUGUUGAAGUGAAAGGCGAGUGCUCCGGCCUCUAUCUCCUGUUACAAGGUGCUGGCGAUAGGAAAUGUAAAGCCACCUUGAUGCACUCAGCCAACCAGAUCAAUGGCUCGUUUGCACUCCGUUUAAUUCAUGGAAAGAUGAAAGCAAGGACAGAAGAAGCCAAACUGAGCUUUCCUUUUGACUUCUUGUCACUUCCACAUUUUUCUGGUGAGCAACUCAUACAGAGGGAGAGACAGUUAGCUAAUGUUCAGGCUUUGGCCCUGAAAGAAUGUCUGAAAAGGAGAAAGUUGGCAAAGCAGCCUGAAGUAGUUUCUGUUGAUGAGCUCAAAAACCUGUUAAUACUCACAAGGGAACACUUUGUAGAUCAUUUUGACACUAUUCUUCCUAAAACAAUCUCAAUGAAGACAGACAAAAUUAAAACCUACGAUAUGUCAAAUGUGGAACCUCGUUCUUCAAGCCUAAUGGAAACCAAUCCUGCGGAAUGGCCAGAAAGGCAUGUUCUUCAAAAUUUGGAAAGUUUUGAAAAAGCUAAACAAAAAAUGAGAACUGGUUCAUUACCUCGUUCAUCUGAGCAGUUGCUGGGCCACAAAGAGGGUCCACGGGAUUCAAUCACAUUAUUGGAUGCUAAGGAAUUGCUGAAAUUCUUUACUGCGGAUGGAUUACCAAUUGGAGAUCUUCAACCUUUACAGAUUCAAAAGGGGGAAAAGACUUUUGUUCUGACACCGGAACUUAGUCCUCGGAAACUUCAGGGUUUACCUUUUGAAAAAGCCUCAGUAUGUCAUUAUCAUGGAAUUGAAUAUUGCUUGGAUGACCGAAAAGCCCUAGAAAGAGACGGGGGAUUUUCUGAACUUCAGUCUCGUCUUAUUCGUUACGAAACCCAGACCACCUGCACCAGAGAAAGCUUUCCGGUCCCCACGGUGCUGAGCCCUCUUCCGUCACCUGCGGUCGUGUCAGAGCCUGGAAGCGUCCCUGAUGGAGAAGCUUUACAAAGCGAACUCCGAACGGAAGUAUCUCGAUUAAAAAGGAGAUCAAAAGAUCUAAAUUGCCUUUAUCCCCCAAAAAGACUUGUGAAGUCUGAGAGUUCAGAUUCUCUUCUCUCUCAGACAAGCAUGACUGGCAGAAAACCGCGAGCAGAGCGAUCAUUCUCUGUGGCCUGUUCGUCCGCUCCAGUUCUUAGCAGCGAGGCUUCGAAAGUCACUACGAAAGCCAGUUCUGGUCAGAAAAGUGUGCAUGGAUCAAAAACAUCAAGGCAGACUAAGGAAUCAAGGUCACAGAAACACACACGGAUACUGAAAGAAGUAGUUACGGAAACCUUGAAGAAACACGGCGUUACCGAGACUCACGAAUGUUUCGCUGCGUGCAGCCAACGCCUCUUUGAGAUCUCCAAGUUCUAUCUGAAGGAUCUUAAAACUUCAAGAGGUUUAUUUGAAGAAAUGAAGAAAACAGCAAACAACAAUGCUGUACAGGUGAUUGAAUGGGUAUUAGAAAAGACAAGCAAGAAAUAACACAGAAUCUUUCUCUUUGGACAGUUAUAAUUUGGCCAGAACUAUGUUUUUGGUUUUGUUUUGUUUUGUUUUUGUUUUUUGGCCAGAGCUGUUAUUUACUACUUCCUUUCUUAGUUUGAAAAUUAUAAGCAAAUUUCAAACUUUAUUCAUAGAAUAGAUGCUACAUCUAUAAAUAAUUUUAUAAAUAUCCAAUAUUUAUAUAGUUUUGAGGAUGCUCAGUUAA